UAAAUAGUGAUAGGCAGAUAGAAGGCAACUCAAUUCCAAAAACAGCACCACCACCACCACAAAGAACGUUUCAAAGAAGAAGAGAACAGUAAAGGAAAUGGCUGAUCACCCUAUGCCACAUCUGGGAUUUGAAAUUGAAAGCAUCAUCACGCAGCAUGGCGUUUUUGCUUUCCUAGUCAACACACUAAAUGGCCAGAUCCAGGUGAUGUACAAAUCCAUGACAGCAUCUCCAUUUGACACACACGAGGGGGUCAUGCUCGCAUUCUUUAUUGCGUUCUUUAUUUACGCCACCGCAUCAGUGGCCGAGAUCAUGCUCCGAGCUCGUGAAUCAAUCUACCAUCCUAUUGUUAGCUAUAUCCGCUUGUUUGCUAGCGGCCUCGCCACGAUUUUGCUUCUGGUGAUUCUUGACCCCGUUUUGGGGUAUAUCAUCUCUGUCAUAUGGGGUAGUUUAUUUGCGAGAGUAGCGUAUGAAUCAUGCAAGGAGUUGCAGGAGUUCCGAAGCCACACAGCUCAAUUGGGACACAGCUUGUGGACCAAGCUUGUUGGAGUCUUGGGAUACCACAAUGAGGAAGAACCAGAUCAAGCUAUUCGCCCGGCCGUGUAACGCCCCAUUUGGCACUUUGUUGUUCUUGCAUUUCAAAAUUCCUUAAUUUAUAUUGUACAUUGUAAUCACGUCUUGAUUAUAUGCGGAAUGAAGAACAGAGUAGAGAAA